GAGGCCUCCGAGUCGCUCCUCGUCCGCUCUCCUGCGCCUGCUCCGACGCUCGUCCUCUGGCCUGGCCGUGCUCUGGACUCUGUGCUCCGCUCUGCCUGCUCUGCAGCGUCGUCUGGCCACUGCAGUGCCCUGCAGCGCUGCCCUCCUCCGUCCGCAGACUUGUUCUCCUCGCCCGGCUGCUCGUUCGGUGCUGCCUGCCCGCCUGCCUGGCUCGCUCGCUCGCUCGCUCGACGCAAGGGACGACGCCGAGAAGCGGAGGGGAAGGAGAUAUCCGUGGGUCGAAGCUGGGAUUGUUUGUUGGGCUAGCUCUAUCUCAUCUCAUCUGGUCGCGGUCUGCAGGAGGCAGCUGAAGCUCGUGGGAUCUGCGGACUCGCUGCAGCGUUAUUGCUUGCCUCGCGCGGUCGCUUUUGUCGCCAUAAUCUGCUCCCGUUCUGCUCUUGGAUUCUGCCCCGGCUGCGCCUCGUGCUCGCGACUUCUCAUCGCAUCGCAGUUGUUGCCACUUCACCCGUCGGCGUCUGCAAUUUUCUCUCCUGCGGUCAUUGGCGAUCCCCUCCCCCUCCGUCGCUCCUUCGCGUUUGUGCACUCUAAUUUGCAAGUCUGAAGGACGUGUAGCAGUUAUUAUAAGGAUCGCAAGGGCUUCAGAUUCCGAAUCCGACUCAGGACCACUGAAUUUAUCUCGCGUGGAACAUUCCGGACAUUGUUCUGAAUCCCUUCCCUCUUCUGUCACGGAGCCGAGUCCCGCGUAGUUCGUAUCCGAGGAUCGCGCGCGCUCUCUCUUUCUCUCCAUGAAGAUCUCGACGUCGAGGUAGCGGACUUCCCCUCGGCCGUGUUGGAGCCCGGCACGCAGGUGCACGUAUACUCGUUUUCUGAUCAAGAAAACGAAAUUAUUGUCGGCUGUGCACUUGUGUCACUCGGCGAGCGUCGUCGAAUUGAUACGUUGGCAAGUGGCGAGACGACGCAUGCACGAGGAAUUCAACUCCUACGUAGGCUACGGGUUAUGGUGGUUGACUGGCUCUAGGCAGAGGUAGUGGUCCUAACGCUGAGGAGAAGGGCUGCCGCCAUAAUUUCGGGUUUCUGUUAACCGGCGGGGCAAAAUUGCUUCCGUGUACACCCCCCAGAGGGUCAAGCUGGCUCCUAACGCAGUUUUCGAUUACUUUGGGGACUUCGGAUCCAUGGGAGCCAUGUCUAAAGUUCACCAAGAGGAGUUCAUGACUCCGACGGAGAGCUUGAGUCCCACGAGACCGAGCAGUCCCGGGAGUCCCAUGGAGAACAGCAAGUUUGCGCUGGUUCGGGCCAAGCACACGAACACGAAGCAAAAGAAGUUCAUCGCUAUGGUCCGUUCGUUGCUCCACAUCGUUCCCUCGUUUCAGAUGAUGGCGCCAUGCAAGUGGCUUUCCAUGCCGUCCCACCGAGAAGCUCUGAUUCUUGGUAGCAGAGUCACAGGAACUAUAUUCGGACACAGAAAGGGCCAUGUCCACUUCGCAGUACAGGAGGAUCCCAGGUCCCUGCCCACCUUGAUUCUGGAGCUCGCAACCCCGACCAGCACGCUCGUGAGGGAAAUGGCGUCGGGCUUGGUGAGAAUCGCUUUGGAAUGUGAGAAGACGCCCAACAGGGGAAAGCUGUAUCAGGAGCCCAUCUGGAGCAUGUUUUGCAACGGCAGGAAGACGGGCUAUGCUAUUCGGCGUAUGUUCUCCGAGUUCGAUCGUCACAUACUUACCGUCGUGCAGGCGGUGUCCAUGGGAGCUGGAGUUUUGCCCAUGGAGGAGGAGAGUUCUGAUGGUGAGCUCAUGUACAUGAGGGCCCGUUUUGAGAGAGUAAUUGGCUCGAGAGAUUCUGAGGCCUUCUACAUGAUGAAUCCUGACGGAAGUGGCGGACCAGAACUCAGCAUUUUCCUUCUCAGGAUUUGAGAAACGAGUGCUUUGGUGUUUUUUGAUUUUGAUCUGUUCAUAUGUACGAGUACGGUUGGAGAUUACCUCGCAAGAAUCGCAGUGGUGAUAUUAGUCUGCCUCUGCUUCUAAGUUUGAAGGGUUUUCAGUGUUACCAGUUCGGUCCCAUCGCCCGGGUGCAGGGAGCUCAAUGCUGGUUGCGCUUGUUAUGAUCUGCUAUCGCUGCGACAUCUCUGUGCGCCGGUACUGGUAGACAGGAAUGCAAGGGCAACCUCACGGUGAAAAUUGUGAUAUCUCGUCAACGACGGUAGCCUCGGCGUUUCGCAGACUCCCGAACACCUUGCGCUUAAGUUAGUGGCUCAUCUCCUCCAAUUGCAUGGACGGAGGGCCAAAAGCGUAGGAAGAAGCGGGAAGUAGAGCAGAUCUCGUGUAAUGAUUGGGGUAUGGUGCUUGUACAGAUCGUUGAAGUCACCAUUAUCCACUGUUAGCGCAGUUGGACCAUAUUUCUCUCGAGUCAUUUGAUUCAAGCCCUAUUAAUCUCGCAGAGGGUUCGGCACUGCUCUCAUAUACUUCCCUCAAGUAUUAGUAGGGCGCGGUUUCCGCAAUCCAGGAUUUAGAUUGUCCGGUUCCGUCCACUGGAAAUCAUGCCAUGGCAGUCAGUCGAGAUGACUGCCGUUUGAGUGUACAUCUAUCCAGGCUAUCACAGGAGUUACUUCCUCUUCUCGAGCAAGGGGAGCUUUCAAGGGUGCCGGAGCUGCAUCUCAUGUUCCCUACAGGGAGGUUCGACUGUACCAUGCACAACCGGGAGAGUUCAGGAGAGAUGGAUUCUCAAUUCACUCAUCGUCUAGAGAAGGCCCAUUUCGGGAAGAAGUUGUUACCGAGAACUUUCGGUCGGACGGAAGAGAAUGUCUCCUAAGUUUCCUGCAGAGGAUUUGUGAAUAUGACGGCAAGGUAACUUAGUGUGUAGGGAAGAGAUCUAGGUAGAUUUUUCACAGCUUCAAAGCCUUAGUUGUUUCCUUCGACUAGAGCGAACGGUGUCUUGCUUAUCGUCAGACAUUCCUUCUCGACAUUAUUGUUUGGAAUGAAUGCUGCUAAAUCAGGGAUCAGUUGAUCCUGGCCUCAUCAUCAAGAGGUGAGACUGUUACUUUCGAAGUAAAAUCUGACGUGAAAUAUAAGGCCUUUGGGACAGAGGUUCCCCAAAUGGUCAAGAAAGCACAAACGCCGAGUCGGAGAAUUCGACCGCGCAAGAGCUCAGCUUGGCGCUUGUAACCUGAGAAAUGUAAUACCGGUUUCAAAUUGAACAACUUUGUUCAAAUGCCAAUUUGAGAUGACUUUUAGUCUUGAAUGAGAUGAAUUUUAGCUUCAGCAAUGAAUUUCAUUUUUCUACGUUUCAGCUUGCUUCUCACAUUGUAGCGUAGUGGAUAUCACCAAUGUAUACUUACAGAUACUAGUAUAGACGUCAAUUCAGUAUCGACUGUCGUUGUAGAUAAGCUGGAGAGGUGUGAAGCUCCUUCCAGAUCGUAGAUGUUAGGCGCCGUUUAAUUACUGAAAAGAGAUUUCGGUUUCUGCAGUCAGAUGAUUUGAGGCACACGUUGCACACUAACGAAAGGAUGUAGGCGUAAUACUGCAGCUUGAGAACACAAAUGAUUUGGUGAAUCAAAUUAUCUUCAUAUUUUCU